AUGUCUGCUGGUCCAGGUCUUUCGCGACAGCGAUCCGUAUCAAACAAAUCCAAGGGUGCUAUCCUUCCUUCGGGUGCCAAGGCAAGGCCAUCGGCAGAAGAUGUCCCCUUCGAACCAUGUGCCUGUACGGCAUCGCUGCUUCUCUUCGCCCAAGGGUCGGCCGUUCUAUGUCUUCAACAUGACACCCUUGCGGUUGAGAGACGUUUUGAGAAGCACUCGAAGGAUGUUCAGUUCAUAUCGGCCGAUAAUGUGAGUGAAACUGGGGCCGGACGACUGGUGGUCACCUAUGAUGUCGGCCGAACGGCCAUAGUAUGGGACAUGGCCACCGGCGAACAAUUGUCGCGCUUUGUAUCAUACGAAUCGCUACAAGUCGCCCAUUGGAUGAGAAACGGAAACAUCGCUUUUGGAAAUGCAAAAGGCGAGGUGAUUUUAUUCGAGCCUGCAACGAGUGAUCACAUUUCCGCGCGAACGAUAUUUGAUCCCAUCACGGCAAUUGCCCCGUCGUCGGAUUGUAAGACGUAUGCCAUCGGAUAUAAGAAUGGCUCCAUCCUCCUGGCUGCCUUACAACCGUCUUUUACCAUCCUUCACACGCUGACAACGUCUCGUGCUCCGUCUCCAAUUGUCUCCUUGACGUGGCAUGCCUCGUCCUCGAAACAAAAGUCAGACAUGCUCGCCACACAGACCGCAGAUGGAGAUCUGAGAGUUUGGAGUGUCUCGAAGCCCCCAACCGCCGAAGCUCCUCGAGUAAUUCGUGUCUUAAAACGCUCUGAUACGUAUGUUCGCGGCCGAAAUUGGAUUUCAUGGUCUAAGAACGGCCGUAUCGUACAAUUCUCCGAAGGCAAGACAUGGGCAUGGGACGUGCGCACCAAACAUGUGACAUAUGAACCUAUUCCAACAGUCGAGGGAGUGAGAGCCAUCGCCGCCCACGGCCCGACUGGCACACUGUUCACCUUGGGCCCAGACUAUACGGUUCAACAGUACGACGUGGAAAGAGCUCAGCUAAUAGCAAAUGUUCGACACAUGCCAAUAACUAUUCCUCCGACGCCCCCUGAAGACACUAGAGGACCUAUGUGGACGACGUCUGAGAGCGAAGAAGAUGUUGCUUCCCCUCUCGUCCGUGCCCGUAGAGAACUCCGCGCUACCGAAGCCGCCAGGCAAGAUCGGUCUAACAUCAACAUCCCCAGUCCCCAGUCAGCCAUCAGCUCUCAGAAGUCGGGUCUCAAGAACGGGAUUCAGGACAUCAUCUCCCCUGCUGGUAAGACCGAAUACACGUCCACAUCAUUUGAUACUGGCAUUCAGUCCCAAUCAACAUUCAAUGCGCCUGUACAGCUUUCCAAUCAAGCGUACCAAGCCCAGUCGCCUGCUACCGCCAGAUCGGCCAGAAAGGGUUCCCGCUUAAGGCAAGAGGUUGUCAUGAGUCCCGAAGAGCGUCCGGUCUUAGAUCUCUUUCCAUUCACCCGGGCGCGUCUGCAUGACGUACCUUAUCGCCCCCCUCGAUCAAUGGACGAGGGUCACAUGACGCCUGACGAUCUGAGGAGGCAGAUGCUGAGCGUUGUUUUCGGUUGGGAUGAAGAUAUUCAGGAUCUCAUUCGAGACGAGUUGAGCCGCCAUCCAAAUGAGAGUCAGAAUGCCAUCUUUCUUGCGAGAUGGCUCGAUGAAGAUCCCGAUUAUCUGGCAGAAAUCAUGGGCUCGACCGGCAUUAUUUCAAAUCUUGAUUGGAUGCUGCUUGCUUUGGGCACAAUCAGCAACCAAGUGGGAGCUAAGAAGAUCACCCAAGUUUUCAUCGAGAAGAUGCUGAGCAAAGGCGAUGUUCAUGCUGCAGCGACGUUAAUGCUUGCCCUCGGCGAUAGGAGUGAUGCAAUCGAAGUCUACGUCUCAAGGAAUCAAUUCAUGGAGGCCGUCUUGCUGACCUGUCUUGUCACACCGGAUGACUGGCAACGGCAGUCAUACCUGGUGCGCCGGUGGGGUGAGCAUGUGGUUGAAAAUUCGCAGCAGUCACUUGCCAUACGCUGCUUCUCAUGCACCGGUGUCGAGCCUUCUGAUCCCUGGACGUCUCCGAAAGCACAACUUGCCACGAACACAAUGUUGGAUCCGAUCUCGGUCCCGCAGGAAUCUCAAGAAGUGCCGCCUCUGGAGCCGAUGGAAUACCCAGCAAUUUUCCAAAAGACGUUAGAAAGACGACGAACUCUUGAUGCGCCAACACCGGUAGCGAUGCCUCCACCAAACAUCAUGCCAGCCACGCCAGCGCCUCCUACACCCUUCAGAAAUGCUGCUGCUCAGGGCACAAGAAUCACUCCGCAGACAUCUGCUCUCAAACUCAUCACGUCGUUUGGGCCCCAGGCUAACAAUCAAUUCAAGUUCCCGGGCUUGAAACCCGACGACCGUACUCCCACUGUUGCUGCGGCAGUUACACCAAUUGCAGAAUCUGCAAUUGACAGAUCUGCUUUGUCACCUGGAGGUCUGGGUUCUUAUCGGAUGAAUAAUAUUCGCAGCAUCAACAGUGCUCUCUCGGCCAAAACUGCAACUCCCGGUGGCUUUCAGCCGAAUAGACUACCAUCAAUCGGAGAGACGCCCGUUGAUGUUGAAUCACCACGAUUCCAAAGUUCCCUACCUCAACGAUCGGUUUCUGUGCCCGCAGAACUGACGUCAAGCAAGAACACGGAGGCUGUGGAAGCUGGCCCAUCUACCAACGAUUCACAACAAAGCGAUAGGCAAGCAUUGACAUUGCUCACGUCUGCGCGUUACGAGCCCCUUGCCACUCCUGUCAGGGAGACGCCUCAAACCGCUGUCGGACCACAGACGGCCAUCAAAUUCCCCGGAACAAGUUCUCAGUUUCAUGGUACGCUAGGCGCUGAUGCAAGCCAAGUGGAUAUGUCUCGCCAAAGAACGGGUUCAAGGAACCGAAAGCCAGAUGGUCUUUCAAUUCAGACAAUGCCCGUACAAGAAAUGGAUUCUAAUCAAGAAUAUUUACCGGCCGCAAGCUAUAACGAGUCAAUAAGCAGACCAGCGACUACCGGAUCAUACAGCAACACCCAACUCGAUACGUCCGGAGAUCUGACAAGCCCGCCAACCACGGGUCAGAGCUAUCGUGGCGUGAAGAGUCCUAUCGUGACUGGCCGGAGCAUUGAUCAAUACAUCAGCAGCCUCGAGCAGGCUCAAUAUUACGGGAAGCAUUCGAGGGCCCGCGGGUACAGCAGCACCAGCAAGCAAUCAAAAGAUGACCAAUUGGAGAAAAAGAAGAAUCGGGCUAAUAUGGAUGAUGGUAGUGGUGAAAGAGAUUCACGACGUGCCGUUCCAUCCGCCAAACGCUCACCUUCUUCGCCUGUCCCAAUGUCGCCCGAGGAUCUCAGAUUGUACAGCACCAGUGUGGAAAGCUUUGACUCUAUGUACAGUUCAAAUUUGUCUGGAAUGGACCGAAAGGGAACACCUGCCAGCAUGUCAAGGCUCAGCCGACGUGGCUCACAGUCAACGGCGAAAGGCACCAAACAUCGCCAGAGAUCGCGCUCAAAGACACGCGGUAUCAGUACCCGAAGCAAAACCAGCAGCCGUGUCACAAGCAGGCAGCCUAGUCCCGAUAUUUUAUUUUCUCCGAGAGGCCGAAGUUCGUCACGCAAAGAAAACCUUGGACACCGAUCUCCUUCGUCUCCACGACCUAUGGUUCCUUCUGAAGAAGACCUACAGAGCCGCUUCGAUCAAGAUUCUGCUUUGAGACUGGUUUCUCGCGACCGCCACCGCCUGCACCGCAGUACUAGUCGUCGACCUCAACGUGACACUAGCGCUAGGCGCGAUCCAUCACCGGAUCGACGAAGACAACGGGCAAGGUCUCGCAGCCGUCAAGCAGAGGAAGCAUCCCUUAGCAGAAAAACAAGCCAUAGUGAUCGACACCACCGCCGACGACGCCGUCCGAGCGACGCGAUGUACGAGCGCAGCGCUCAUCCAGAUGAUCCCGAAGACGGUAUCCCGGCCACUUCGGCUCGUGAGGACCAUCGCUCGACCAGUCAGCCACCUCCAGCUCACGAGAGAGGUAAAAAGGAGUCCGCAGCUGAGCAGCUGGAAGCUCGUCGACAGUCAUUAACUCGUCGUCCUUCAGUGCCGAAUGUUCCUCUUCCCAGUCAACUUCCUGCCCAUACGAAGUCGGCUUCGACCAGCAAUGUGCCGCCACCUGCCAAACCUCAGGUUGAUGAAGGGAUGGCUGCCAGCUCUUCAUCUCAGGAGCAUACCUUAGCCACGGAUAUGUCCGGCUUCGGUGUUGUGAAGGAGCGUCCAGGUACACCGAAAGCAAUGCAAGUUGGGACAACGAAUUCCGAGGGAGAAACUGCAGCUGUUUCAAGUGGUGCAGAACUCCUAUCCAGCGAUGUGUAUCGUCCACCGACGCGUGAAGAUAUAAGCAGACCAGGUUCAACUCGUGCUCCUGCAUCCCUGGAAUUCCUGUCCCAAAUCCCUAAGCAUCCCGCCUACGACCGUCGGAUCGCCAACAGCAGAUCAAGCAGCAAAGGAGCAGAAGCGAGAGCGUCAUCACGAAGCCGUGGAACAUCCCGUGAUCGAACACGUGUCUCUCCCCGGGAAGCAACACCUAUGUCUAUCGGUCCUCCUGAGGCGACUACUUAUGCGAAUUCACCUCCACAACAAAAUCCGCCUAUCCUUCCUGAACUACAGCACUUGGCUGCACCACCUCCACCACCUCCACCACCUCCACCUGCUCCGCCCAACAUGCCAAUGUCUCUCAACAGUCCGAGUCUAUCGAAUCUUCGAGGAUUUGAAGGUGACCCCGCCAACGUACCGUUGCCGAUGUCUGCGAUCCCAACUACCUUCCCCGAAACACCACACAGCGCAAAUCCCCUCUCUGCUGUGUCAAUGUCUAUGGGACAUCGGCGUGGGCGCUCCGGCAACGACGGCAACAACUCUGGCUCGAGUCAGCUGUUUGGGAAAAUCCGGAACUUUGCCGGGCGUGUACGCAGUCCGUCUCGGGGUCGUCGAGGCGAUGACAACCAAGCCAUGAGUCCUAGGAUGAAUAACGAACAUGCCGCGCCGUAUGAGAGUAUUCCCUCUGCAAUGAUGGGAAGUGUCGGUUCUUAA